UUUUAGCCGAAGCCGGAGCCGGAAUUGGUUUCACAUUCUAUAGAUAAAAAUCCGACCAGUUUUACUUGUUGAAAUAUUCACAUACAUAUAUACAAAAGUAAAAACCUAAGUAACAAACUUUACGGGUUUAUUUACGUUUAAGAAAAAAAAUGAGCAAAUUUUCUGAAAACGAAGAUGAUCCAGAUAUUUACGAAAGCUCGGGUGAUGAAUGGAAAGAGGAAGAGGAGGUGAAGAAAAACAGUAGAAGAUCGUCUCAACGUUUAAGUAAAAAGCCCCGAAUGACAGUGGUUGAAUAUGGUAGUAGUGAUGAUGAUUCUGAUAGUGAACCUGCAAGAAAAAAGUCCAAAAACGGUGUGGCUAAAAAGGCAAAAAGUAAAGCUAAAGAUGAAGAGGACGACGACGAUUAUUCAGUUGAUGACGACGAGGAAGAAGAGGCAUUCAAAGAAAAACCAGAAAAAGUUGAAAAUUCUGAAACAAAAGCAACUUCAGCUACUACUAAUAGUCAAAUACAGUCUGUGAGGCCAUUGGGAAAUCGCAAGUUUAUACCAAAAACUUUGUAUUCAGAAGACUACACAACAGGCUCAUUUGUCAUUCUUAAAAAAGAUGCUGAGGGUGAUGCUUCCAAACAUCCAUGCAUAUGGAGAAUUGAUGGGAAAGCUCUUUUGCAAAAAUAUGAGGCAUAUGACGAAGAUGGUAAAGUUAGACAUAAAAAUACAUCCAUAUACACUGGGUGGUCACCAAUGGACAAAGAUCUGUAUGCGCCUGUGACUGUUGAUGUGAUUCAGCAUAACAAUCAGAACCUUAGGGUUGAACUCCACUGGGACAAAUUGAAAGACAUUAAUGCUGACAGUGAUUAAUUUCAGGUCCUUUUUGGGAUCCACUUUUAUUCUUCACCAGGAGUUAAUAUUUAAAAUUUAUCUGUAUAUCAAAAGUAAAGUGUAUUUUAUUGAUAUCAUUUGCCAUUAAUUUAAUACAUCAACUUCGGCAGUUGUAUUUUUUGUUAUAAGCCAGUCUUGAAUUUAAUUUUUUUUUAUUUAAAAAAUAUACUAUUAACUCUUAAAAACUUGUAAUACCCAUAUUGAAACUACAGAAAACAUUUACCUAAACUUUUAAACUAGUUGUAAACAUUUGAAAAUACUUUAUCAAGAAAUGGUCUGUGUCACUAAAAUAUUGGAGACAUUAGAGAAAUAAAUUAUUAUGUCAAAAUAAAUUUUCUGAAAGUUGAGAAAUAUAGUGAACCAUUUUGCAUCCAAAUGGUUUAUUCCAUCACUUACACCAUCUAGCACCAAAACAGUCCAGAUAUUCAAAUUAAAUGCUGAACGGCAUUGGUGUUGCUUGGUUAAGACAAGUUGGGGUAAAUGAGUUCUGGAAUAUGUUAGGUUAAUUUUAGUUUAAUUUAGUAAACUUUGGUUUCAAUACUUUUAUUCCUUAGAUUUUCUAUGAAUGUUCUCUUCCUUUCUUUAAAGUUAUAAAUAAAUUUUAUAAGUAA